AUGAACACUCACGCAAACGACCUCGAGCGGGAGCUUUCCCUGCAAGAACUCGAACCUUCGCCCAUCGAAGAAGAGUUUCCCUCGGACUCGUACUUUCUCGCAGCCUCGGACAAGGCUCCCUACGACGAUGAAGCGAUCAAGCCUGUCCAACGGACCUCUACCCUAGGUCUGGAUGCACACUCACCUGUCUGGUACCUCACCCGCAUCCACAAGUACUCGAGUUACGCCUUCUCCGUCUUUACUGCCUUCCACGUCGCCAACACGGCUCUCAUCCCGCUUGCCACGCGCUCCGUCUCCAGUUCGGAACCCUACCUCCUGCUUACUCGCCCUUACUACCAAUCACCUAUCGCCGAGCCCUUUGUUGUUGUCUUGCCUUUGAUUGCCCACAUUGGCAGCGGUGUCGCUCUCCGCCUUUACCGUCGCAAGCAGAACCUCAAGAGAUAUGGUGCAGAGAACAGGACAGACAGACGCAUGGUCGCAUGGCCAAAGUUGUCAGGCACAAGCGCACUAGGUUACGCAUUGGUACCACUGGUCUUCGGCCACGCCUUUGUCAACAGAAUCAUCCCGCUGUGGUACGAGGGUGGUUCUAGCAGCAUCAAUCUGGGCUACGUCUCGCACGGCUUCGCCAAACACCCUGCUGUAUCUUUCGUUGGCUUCAGCGCUCUCAUCACUGUUGGAGUGUGGCACUCAGUUUGGGGCUGGGCCAAAUGGCUCAACUUCACCCCAUCCCAGGUCACGCAAGGAGGGCCAGAGGGUCAGCUCCUCAGAAAGAGAAGGUGGUAUGUGGUCAAUGCAACCAGUGCUGUCGUCAGCGCUCUCUGGCUCGCUGGCGGCAUGGGUAUUGUCGGUCGUGGCGGUGCAGUCGGUGGAUGGGUUGGCAGAGAGUACGACGAGCUGUACAGCCAUAUCCCUCUGAUUGGCAACUACAUGGCUUCUUCGUAG